AUGGAUAAACAUGCUCUGAAGAGAAGAAACAGGCUGCUUAAAAAGAAUGAAGCUCGGAUGAACCUUCUGCUGGGGAAGUCGGAAGAGGCCGACGUAGAGAAGGAUACGGAGGGUAAAAAGAAAGAGACCGAUUUGAAUACAAAACGGAAUGAAGCAAAUGAAGAGGGGGGACACGAUGGAGGGGGAAAAAACUCCCCUUCGGAGAUAGACCAAAUGGCAGCUCAGAGUAGUUCCCCAGGGCAGGCUAGCACCGUCGACCCGGAUCAACAAACGGAAGACAAUUCCAACCAAAAGGGGGACACCACGAAAGGACAUGAACAAACCCAGGAAGGGAAGCAAAAAGAGGAGAAAGACCCCUCUGGGCAGGAGAAGCAAAAAGCCGAUCCAGAAGCGAUCCAAAAGGGGGGCCAAAAGAGCGAAAUAAAAAAUCGUGCAAAAAAAAAACGAAUAACCAAUCACGCAGGUGAUAAAUCAGAUAACGACCGAGACGACUAUGCCAAUGCGGAUGACGCCAAUAACCCCAGUGAAAGCAACAGCGCCAAAUCAGAGGAGGGGAAAGUUAAUGAGGAAGCCCCAAUUGGAACCCCCAAAUUUAAGGUGUCUAUACGCAGACUAACCCAAUUUGUAUCCCUCAUAUUUAUCGCCUCAUUUGUAAGCAUCGUGAAAAUAAAAUAUUGUGACUAUAAUCCACUACCGAUGAGCAUAGAGCCCAUGCGGAAGAAAAAAAAACUGCAACGUUUUAUCAGCUCCAAGUUUGUUUUUUUUUUCCUUUCCCUUUUUUACAACACGACCUUUUCGCUAAUUGAUGUGUAUGCCCAUUUUGCAAAACACAACAUGAGUCAGAAGGAGAUCUGGAAGAACCUACAGAACCUACGGGAAAGGCUGACAAGCCAAUCUGAAUCUCUCUUGUAUCUCCUAAAUAAUGGCACGACCGUUGCUUUUUUUUUUGUGAGUAUCGUAAAAACAUACUUGCUGCUAAUGUUUUUAACUCAUUUGUUUGAUGACCUUUUGUACAACUACACCGUUCGCAAGACUUGGGCGAGCGCUCCCCUCCCCGCGUCGUAG